UCGUUGCAAUAAAAAUGCAUCCCAUGGAACUGCCGGUGGAGAAGGACGGGACGGAGCGGCGGCAGCCGGAGUCGGUGGCGGUGGCGGAGGAGGACGCCCGGGAGGUGGCGGCCGGGAAGUGAAAGGUCUCGCAAAGUUCAGCGGCGGCUGCGGACACCGAUCUCCCCCCCACACACACCCCCAACUUCUCCCCACCCCCCCGGGGCUGCCGAUCGCCAGGGCAGGGCGAGCGAGCGGGCUAUGAUCCCGGGGCUCCCGCCACCCCCGAGGUGCCCGCGCCCCUCCAGGCCGGUGCGCGAGGGUCACCCGGCCACCCGGCGCGGCCCCGGCCCGCGUCUCCGCGCAGCCGGUGCCCACUGACCGAGCCUGGCGCCUCAGGAAGAGGAAGAGGAGGAAGAAGAAGAAGAAAUAAAGAGCCUCGGGUUCUCCCGAGGACGCUUGGCGCUUCAGCCUACAGUCGAGAGGUCCCGGCUGCCUCCCGGCUCGCCCCGGCCAUGGGGAGCCGCGCGCGGCUGCUGCUGCUCUGGGUCUGCUCCGCGGUGGCCGCAGGACUGAAUGGAGUAGCUGGAGCAAGUUCCCGCUGUGAAAAAGCCUGCAACCCUCGGAUGGGCAAUCUGGCUUUAGGGAGAAAACUCUGGGCAGACACCACCUGUGGUCAGAACGCUACUGAGCUGUACUGCUUCUACAGCGAGAAUACGGAUCUCACCUGCCGGCCGCCCAAAUGUGACAAGUGCAAUGCUGCCCAUCCUCACCUGGCUCACCUGCCAUCGGCCAUGGCCGACUCCUCCUUCCGAUUUCCCCGCACAUGGUGGCAGUCUGCAGAGGAUGUGCACAGAGAAAAGAUCCAGUUAGAUCUGGAAGCUGAAUUCUACUUCACUCACCUAAUUAUGGUGUUCAAGUCUCCCAGGCCGGCAGCCAUGGUGUUAGACCGGUCCCAGGACUUUGGAAAGACAUGGAAGCCAUACAAGUAUUUUGCAACUAACUGCUCAGCCACCUUUGGCUUGGAAGAUGAUGUUGUCAAGAAGGGAGCCAUUUGUACCUCUCGCUACUCCAACCCAUUUCCGUGCACUGGAGGAGAGGUUAUUUUCAGAGCUUUGUCACCACCAUAUGAUGUGGAGAACCCUUAUAGUGCCAAAGUACAGGAGCAGCUGAAGAUCACUAACCUCCGCGUGCAGCUGCUAAAACGACAGUCUUGUCCCUGCCACCGAAAUGACCUGAAUGCAAAGCCUCAGCAUUUUACACACUAUGCAAUCUAUGAUUUCAUUGUCAAGGGCAGCUGUUUCUGCAAUGGCCACGCCGAUCAGUGUGUACCUGUUGAUGGCUUCAGACCCGUCAAGGCCCCAGGAACAUUCCAUGUGGUCCAUGGGAAGUGCAUGUGUAAGCACAACACAGCAGGCAGCAACUGCCAGCACUGCGCACCCCUAUACAAUGACAGGCCCUGGGAGGCAGCUGAUGGCAGAACAGGGGCUCCUAAUGAGUGCAGAACCUGCAAAUGCAAUGGGCAUGCUGAUACCUGUCAUUUUGACAUCAGUGUGUGGGAGGCAUCAGGGAAUCGCAGCGGGGGUGUCUGCAACAACUGCCAGCACAACACGGAAGGCCAGCAUUGCCAGCGCUGUAAGCCGGGUUUCUACCGUGACCUCCGAAGACCCUUCUCUGCUCCAGAUGCUUGCAAAGUGUGUUCCUGCCAUCCAGUUGGAUCUGCUGUCCUUCCUUUCAGCUCAGUGACCUUCUGUGACCCCAGCAAUGGUGACUGCCCUUGUAAGCCUGGGGUGGCAGGACCACAUUGUGACAGGUGUAUGGUGGGCUAUUGGGGCUUUGGAGACUACGGCUGCAGACCAUGUGAUUGUGCAGGGAGCUGCGACCCUCUCACAGGAGACUGCAUCAGUAGUAACACAGACAUAGACUGGUAUCAGGAAAUUCCUGACUUCCAUUCCAUACACAAUAAGAGUGAACCAACCUGGGAAUGGGAGGAUGAGCAAGGAUUUUCUGCACUUCGACACUCAGGUAAAUGUGAAUGUAAAGAACAAGUGCUAGGAAACUCCAAGACAUUCUGUGGAAUGAAAUAUUCAUAUGUGCUGAAAAUAAAGAUUUUAUCAGCUCAUGAUAAAGGUUCUCAUGCUGAGGUCAAUGUGAAGAUUAAGAAAGUCUUAAAAUCCUCCAAACUAAAGAUCUUACGAGGAAAGCGAACAUUAUAUCCAGAAUCAUGGACAAACAGAGGCUGCACUUGUCCAAUCCUCAAUCCUGGUUUGGAGUACCUUGUAGCCGGACACGAAGAUGUAAGAACAGGUAAAUUAGUCGUGAAUAUGAAAAGUUUUGUCCAGCUCUGGAAACCAUCUCUUGGAAGAAAAGUCAUGGAUAUUUUAAAAAGAGAGUGCAAGUAUCCAUAAAGGUAUACAGUACUAGAGUUUCUCUGUGUAUAAAACACAAAAUGUAAUUUAAAAGAGACCUCAAAACUGAUACUGGGAUUUUAAGUGCCAAAACGUAGAGAAAUGUUCCAAUGAAUGGAACUUGCUCAACCUGUCUCUCUUGGAUCCAUGUUUAAAUUAGUUUUGUUUCAUAAAGAGGCAUGGCAAAUCUUGAGAUCUGUUUUCUAUGGAAAUGAAAGACAUAACUAGUGACAUAUUUUAAUAGCAGUAUGAUACCUAGUAAUCCACUGGGAGCAGUAUCUCUAAUAAGGAUUCCUCUCAGCUUCAGGUAUAUUACUUACAUUUGAUGCUACUUAAAGUAAUUAAAGUCCUUUUAAAGAAUCCCCAACCCUACUAUCCGGAAAGGCGUUUCUUAAAAAGAGCCUUCUCUUGUCUGUUGUGUAUGUACUUUGGUCUGUAGAAUGUUGAAUGGAGACUCUCCAUAUGUAUAUAGUAUUCUCUUGUAUAAAGCACUUUACUACCUACAACUUGUGUUGUAAAUGGUUGGAGACUGCUGUUGACGGAAGAAAAGAAGGUGUGGAUGAACACCCUACUAAAACAGUGGACAAAGGGACGAUCUAAAUGAAAUUGUAUGAUUUAACUCUGAACACCUGGAGAAACUAUGUAUAGAAACAAUAUAAAAGAAGAGUAUAUUGACAUGAAGCCUAGCUUUGGGCUAGAGGUUAGAUUCCAACAUAGUGACCAUGAUAAAAUGCUUGAAAAUUAAAUAGAAUAAGACCUUAAAAUAAGAGAAAAAAUCAGAAGUGUAGAAAUAUGUUUGCAUAAAGGGGAAGUGAACUUAAGUU